AUGGUGCUUGUCCAGAUCUUAGUAACCCCGGUGCAGGGUGCACCCGUUGCAGCUCCAGUGAUGCAAGGUGCGGAAUUGUAUGAGAAGCUCCAUGCGGAGGAUGCCGAGGUCCGGCAUGAAGCAAAGAUGGCUGACCAUGGCUUGAUAGUGAACGCCGUAGCAUCCUACGUGUCGGGGGAGAAGCCGCGGCAGGCCAUGAGUCUGAUCGCCAAGAACAAGGAAGCGCUGGAGUCGUCGUACGAACUUUGCUUCAAUGCCGCGUGCGCGCUCAUUGACGAGGGUCGUCUGACAGAGGCUGAGGAGAAACUUACUCAGGCCAAAGAGCUUUGCACAGAAGAACUCGUGCAGGCCGAGGAAGUCGCAGAGGAAGAUGUAGCCCUGCUGGAGGACCAUGAAGAGCUUGCCGCAAUUCGUGUGCAGCAAGCGUGCGUGAUGCAGCGCCGUGGCCAGGAAGAGGAGGCCAAAGAAGUGUAUGACAAAGUUCUGCGACAAAAGCCGAACCAAGGUCAUGAGGUAGAUGUGACUGUUCUUGCAGUUGCAUGCAACAACGUUGUUGCCUUGCGUUCUGAGGGCAAGUCCUUGUUUGACAGCCUGAAGCGCAUCAACGUAGCUUCGAAGGAAAGCUUGGAGCACAAGCAGACUCGCAGACAAACGGUAGAGAUUGCAUGCAACAAGGUGUUGCUGUUGCUCCAGGCGCAGAAGGUGGAUGUUGCCAAGAAAGAGCUUGAAAAGCUGCGUGAAAGCUACCCUGACCAUCCCAGGGUGGUCUUGGUGCAGGCAGCUAUUGCUCACAGAGAGAAGAAAGGCAAAGUCUGUGAGGAAAUCCUUCAAGGAUACAUUGCGUCGCAUGCAGACGACCAGGAGGUCGUGUUGCCUUUGGUGCAGCUUUACACCCACCAGCAGAAGCACGAUUUGGCUGUCGAGGUGCUUGCGAAGCUCCCUCUCAGCAGCCGCACGCAGCCAACAACAGUGGAGGCGAUUGUGAAUCUCCAUCAGAGGCAAAAGAACCCUGACAAGGCAGUGGCCUGCCUAAGAGAAGCCAUCAAGUACUGGUCUUCGCAGGAAGAGGAGUCAGAAACUCUGGCUCAGGUGGUUCGAAUAGCCGCAAGGCUGGCGAUGCAGCUGAAGGACAGAGCCUUUGCAGCUGAGGUGUACCAGAGCUAUCUGGAGAACAUUGACGGAUCCGACUACGAAGCGCUUUGUGGCCUCGUGCAGGCUUUGGCAGUGACGGAUCCUGAGAGGGCCACCGAGUACGCCGAACGAUUGCAGGUGCCAUCUUUCGAUCACCUCGAUGCGGAGGAGCUGGAAGCGCAACCCAUACCAAAGGUUGGUGCAAUGUUCUCGCAGCGUCGGCGAGACAGGGAAGAGGAGGCAGAUGGGAAGCCUGUGAGAGUGAAGAAGAAGCGGAAGCGAAAGAUCCGCUACCCGAAAGGCUUCGACCCGGAGAACCCUGGACCUCCUCCAGAUCCUGAAAGAUGGCUUCCAAAGCGGGAGCGGUCAGAAUUCAAGAAGAAGAUGCGCAAGAGAGAUAAGCACUUGCUUCGGGGCCCGCAGGGGGCAAUCACGACGGAGGACUUCCGCAAGCAGGGUCCAUCAACAGCCCAAGUGGAGGUCUCCAAAGAUGCAAGUGGACCCUCAAGACGCAGUAACAGAAAAGCCAAAGGCAAGUGA